CUCUCAGAUCGGGGGCCCGGGUCACGUGACACCCUAUUUUUCGAAUUCCCCGAGCGGGCGCUCUUCCAUUUCGCUUUCUCCCAUCGCGAAGACGAGCGAAGAGAAGAGCGGCGAAUCGGCGAAACUCCAACCCUAGUUUCGAUCCAUUCUUCCCGCAUAUUCCUCUAAAGGUGGUGAUCCCUUCCCCCCCUCCUUCCGAUCUAUGAUCGAAUCCUCCCAAUCGUUUCUCCUUUGAGUGUCGAGGAUUGCUGCGGUUUCUGGGCUCGCGGUGCUGCCGAGAGAGCUGGUGAUGGAGAGCCCGGAGGAGGCCAAGGCGCCGAACAAGGAAUGCGUCAAGGUGGCCGUCAAUGUUCGGCCGCUUAUCACGACGGAGCUCCUCAUAGGGUGUACCGACUGCGUCACCGUCGUUCCCGGGGAGCCCCAGGUUCAAAUUGGAUCUCAUGCAUUUACGUUUGAUCAUGUUUAUGGGAGUUCAGGGUCUCCCUACUCCAUUUUCAAGGAAUGUGUUCUUCCUUUGAUUGAUGCCCUAUUUCAUGGAUACAACGCCACCGUCCUUGCAUAUGGGCAGACGGGUUCAGGGAAGACCUACACGAUGGGAACUAACUAUACGGGCGAAGGUAACUGUGGGGGGAUUAUACCAGAAGUAAUGGACACGAUAUUUACAAAAAUUGAUGCUCUGAAGGACAGAACAGAAUUUCUAGUUAGAGUAUCUUUUAUUGAGAUUUUUAAGGAGGAAGUCUUUGAUUUGUUAGACCCACAAUCUCAUGCUGCUAUGAGAACUGAGGUUGCAUCAAUAGCCAAGCCAACCUUGUCUAGAGCUCCCAUUCAAAUCAGAGAGACAGCAGCUGGUGGGAUAACACUUGCAGGUGUUACCGAAGCUGAAGUCAGAUCAAAGGAGGAGAUGGCAUCAUAUUUAACUCGUGGAUCCAUUUCUCGUGCUACUGGAAGUACGAAUAUGAAUAGUCAAUCAAGUCGCUCACAUGCCAUUUUCACAAUAUACAUGGAACAAAAGAAUGUCAGUCAUGAAUCACAUGGUGGAAUGGUUAACAAUGAAGCAGCUGGUGAUGACAUAUUGUUUGCAAAGUUCCACCUAGUGGAUCUUGCUGGUUCUGAACGUGCAAAACGAACUGGAGCUGAUGGACUUCGACUAAAAGAAGGCAUCCAUAUAAAUAGGGGUCUGCUAGCUCUUGGAAACGUGAUUAGUGCACUUGGGGAUGAAAGAAAACGAAAAGAAGGGGGACACGUCCCAUAUCGUGAUAGCAAGUUGACUCGUCUGUUGCAGGAUUCUCUUGGUGGUAACAGCAAAACAGUGAUGAUAGCUUGCAUUAGUCCUGCUGAUUCAAAUGCUGAAGAGACUAUUAAUACUCUUAAAUAUGCCAAUCGUGCACGCAAUAUCCAGAACAAAGCAAUGAUAAACCGUGAUCCGGUGGCUGCUGAAAUGCAAAGAAUGCGUAGUCAACUGGAACAACUGCAAUCCGAACUGCUUUUUUGUCGUGGUGGAGGUGCACCGCUUGAGGAACUUCAGCUUCUCCAGCACAAAAUAUCAUUGCUUGAGGCAAGCAAUGCAGAGCUCCGCCAGGAGCUAAAGGAGCGGCAGGUUACAUGUGAGCUCCUAAGACAAAGUGCUCUUGAUGCUCAGGUAGAGAAGGACAAGCUGACUUUGAAGAUUGAAUCAGCUCGUGGUGGAAAAUCUUGGGAUGAGAUCGAUAAAAUGGAAAAAAAUAAGGAAUUGGAUCUUGUAAAAGGUUACAUAUCAAAAAUUCAAGAGUUGGAAGCAGAGUUGCUGCGAGUUCAAAGCUUUUCUCAUCCCUGCAGAAAUCUUACUAUUGAUGCUGAUAUAGAUGAUAUGGCUUCAGGUUGUGAUGAGAAGACUCUUGAUGUUUCCAUUGAAGCAGAAGAAGAAGAAAAGGAGAGGGAACACUCUAUGUUACAAGAUCAACUUGACAAGGAGAUUCAGGAGUUGGACAAACGGCUUGAGCAAAAGGAGGCGGAGAUGAAGCAGUUUACAAGGGUUGAUACAACUGUUCUGAAGCAGCAUUAUGAAAAGAAAUUACUGGAGCUCGAGCAGGAAAAGAAAUUAUUGACGAAAGAGAUUGAACAUCUUCGUUUUAACCUUUCAAACAUGUCAUCUACCACUGAUGAGAGUGCCCAGAAGCUAAGGGAAGAUUAUCUUCAAAAGUUGAACAUGCUUGAAACUCAGGUAUCUGAGUUGAAGAAGAAGCAAGAGGCACAAGCUCAAUUGUUGAGGCAAAAACAAAAAAGUGAUGAAGCAGCUAAACGAUUACAGGAAGAAAUUCAGAGGAUAAAGUCUCAGAAGGUUCAAUUGCAACAUAAAAUGAAGCAAGAAUCUGAACAAUUCAGAUCUUGGAAGGUUUCACGUGAAAAGGAAGUUCUGCAGCUCAAGAAAGAAGGCCGAAGGAAUGAAUAUGAAAUGCACAAGCUCUUGGCUUUGAAUCAGAGGCAAAAGAUGGUCUUGCAGCGGAAGACUGAAGAAGCUGCUUUGGCCACCAAAAGACUGAAGGAGCUACUAGAAGCGAAGAAGUCUACUCGUGAGGCAUCUGCUAUUGGCAAUGCAAAUGGCCCUGGCAUUCAGGUAUUGGUGCAUGCUAUAGAGCAUGAACUUGAAGUAACCCUAAGAGUACAUGAAGUUAGAUCGGAGUAUGAGAGACAAAUGAAAGAAAGAGCUGCCAUGGCUAAAGAGGUAGCAAAGCUAAAGGAAGAAUCUGAAACGCUUAAGCAGAAAAUAAUAAGUGAUAGUCCUCAGACAAUGUCUCCAAGUGCUCGAGAUUCAAGGAUUGUAGCACUUGAAAACAUGUUAAAAACUUCAUCUACUGCUCUGGUUUCAAUGGCCUCACAAUUGUCAGAAGCUGAGGAGCGUGAACGUGUUUUUAGUGGUAAAGGACGAUGGAAUCAAGUCAGAUCACUUGCCGAUGCUAAGAAUCUAAUGAAUUAUUUGUUUAACUUGGCAUCAUCCUCUAGGUGUGAAUUGCGUGAUAAGGAGGUCAGUUGCAGAGAGAAGGAUUCUGAAGUAGCUGAACUAAAGGACAAGGUGGUCAAACUUAAUAUCUUGAAGAGACAAUUGGAAGAACAACUGCUGGCAGCACAUAACCAAAAUAUGCAGAUAUUAUCUAUUAAGAAUGUGAAGAAAACUACUGGAAUUUCUGGAACUGACAUAGGUGUCUCCAAGGAAGACAAGCUUUCUGAUGUUAUACAUAAGAAUCCACAAAGCAUCCGGUACUCUGGUCAUGGUGUCAAUAAUCUGGAUGAUAUGGAUAUAUCAGACACUGAGAUGUCAGAUGUGUUUGAGACAGAUGCUGAAGCAUCAGAGGAGUUUGAAUCUGAUGUCGCUGAUGAAGAUUGGAUAGAAUCUCGAAAGAAGAUCAGAAAGAAGCAAUUUCAAAACUAUCAAAAUAGAAAGUCUACUUUGGAAGAUAAUAUUCCUGUAGGGAACUUGUCAGAGAAGCCAAAUGAAGAGGGAAAGAUCAAGGUUGAAAAGGUUGGGUUUGAACAUUGUUGUUCCUGUUCUCGGGUUUCAUCCUGUAAAACUAAGAGAUGUGAGUGUCGAGCUCUCGGUAGUGUGUGCAGCACCUAUUGUGGAUGCGUUCCUUCAAAGUGUUCUAACAGAGAAGGUGGGUUGAUCAAUAGUGAUAUGGAUGAAAUAUCCAACUCGGAAGCAGCAGAAAGUGGUGGUAGUCUUUCUUCAUUUGAUCAUGUCGAUGAUGACACUAGCAAAUUGGUGUCUGAAGGAACACUACUGCUGCAAAGUGCACUGAGCAAGAAUACAACCGAAGAGAAAAAUGUAAAAUCAAGAAAGCCCUUGUCUGAUAUUGGCAAUAAUGUGAUCAACCCAAAUGCAGCCAAACAAGGCCGGAGGAAGAAAUGGCGUAAAUCUACAAUUCAGCUUGUUCUAACUGAACCACUUCAAUCUUCCUUCCCACAAGACAAUGAAGCUUCAAGGUCUAGGGAGGAUGUACCUCUAAGACUACCUCGAGCAAUGGAUUCUACGCACCCGGAGAACAAUCAUCCUCCAUUGGGGAACAGGAAUUCUGCCAGAGCUGGUGAAUCUGUUAACGGCAACAAAGAAGUCAGAGGCAUCAUUCCACCAAGAUCACCAGUUCGGAUGCGAAAAGCAUCUGAUGAGAAAGAGAACCAUAUGGCAUAAUUAUGGCCUCAGUCACUCCUCACACUAUGCAUCUGCUUGGCUAUUCAGUGCUCCUAAAAUCUCUGUAAUGUUCUGACCCAAAUGCUGCGUUCACCCACUCGCUGGAUCUCGACAGUGUAGCAUGAGAGAAUUCCCAUGGUUUCGGCAUUCUACAAAUUAUAAUGAUUAUUCAUAUGAAAGAACCAGGAGGAUCAAUCCUUACAAUAUGCAGUCUGUGAGAUAUGCCAAGUUGUAUUAUGGAAAACCGUACUGAUCAUUUUUUUCUCUUAGAUGCUUUGGUUCUGAAAAAUCUGUUGUUCAACAAGUGUGCUGUUGUUGAACAUUGACUACGUUCAUUAAUAUUCAUCCGAUUUCUCCCUGUUA